UCCUCGACCCAAUUAUGCAACUGAUAGACUUGUUUAACGUCCCCACAUCCCUAAUGCUCCGAGUUCCAACAUUUGAUGGCAGCAUCAAACUCGGACAUUGGGACAAAAUGGUCAUUCAAUUUGCUGCACUGAGUAUGGCAACCAUAUUCGGUGGCAUCCAUUGUCUAGCUUGGCCUUUUACCUUCGUCACACAUGAGGAACAGCUCCUAUGGCGCAUAUGUGCCCUCGCUAUAACUGGCAUACCCUAGCUUUUCUUUUGUGUGACUUCCGCAUUCGAUGCACUAGAUACAGGUAUCCUGGAGAAUCUAGGUUUCAUGAUUGGGCUUUUAUGUAUCAUAUUGUACAUUACAACUCGUGCCAUCCUGUUGGUACUCAUGUUCAUCACUUUACGUCAUCUUCCUGGUGACGUAUACCAGGCAGUGUCGUGGAUUGGUUCGGUGCCGCACUUGUAGUUCCUGAUUACGGUACUUGUGAUACACUUCAUACUUUUGUAAAUGAUGUUCAGAUGUAGCAUUCCUGUAGUCGACGAUGGACCUC